UGUCGUGAUGUAACAGUUGAACGUGUUUGUGUUGUUAUGGAAACCGGGCGCGUGCACAGACGUUAGAGUCUAACAACAGAGACCCUGGCGGAUAUUUCUUGUGGUUUGGUGUGAUGAGCGCUCACGCUGUUUCGUCUCUGUUGGCUUCGGGUUCGAGCUGCAGCUCUGUUCCUGUGGAGCAUCUGGACUACGACUUCAUCCAGAGCUGCUCAGACCUUAAACAUCUCGAGCGAAUCCUGAACGUUCUGAGGUCCAGACAGGAGGGGUUUUACCCUCAUCUGAUUGACUUCUGUGAGAAACACAUGGAGGAACUGGACCCAAAGAACCGGUUCCUGUGGAAGGAGAAGCCAGCGGCCACAGCGGCCUGUUUCUCCUCAGAGGAAUGGAGUGACAUCACUGAAGAGCUCCAGGAGUGGGAGACAAACAUCAGAAUGAAUGAAGUCAAACUGAGCGGCAGCUCAAUGUUCUGUGAUGCUGACAGUGUUCCUGCCAUUCGCUGCUCAAAGACACUUCAGGAAAACAUCAGGAGUGAGGUGAAGAAGCACAAGACGGCAUCUGUCCCGCGUGCUUACCGAGACUGGGACAGGUUUGAUGUGGAGAAGGAAUGUGCUAAAAUAGAUGAGUGUGACAUGAAUCCCCCUGCGGUUAUCACCCGUCCAGCCCCCCAAGACUUCAAACACACAAUAAACAGCGCAGCUCUGAGGGAUCAGGAGAAAGACGCUCUUGCCUGCCGAGAGAAAGACAAAGGCAAUGAAUCUUUCAGGAGUGGAGAUUAUGAGGAGGCUGUAGUCUGUUACACAAGGAGUUUGUCUCUGGUACCCUCAGCGGCAGCGUUUAAUAACCGCGCUCAGACUCACAUCAGACUUCAGCGCUGGUCCGCGGCUCUGAGCGAUUGUCAGGCGGUUUUACAGCUGGAACCAGACAAUGUCAAAGCCCUGUUGCGUCGUGCCACCGUACACAAACAUAUGGGUCACUUGCAGGAAUCUCGUGAUGAUCUGCUGAAAGAGCCACACAACACAACAGCUCAGAAAGUCCUGAUGGAGGUCACAGAGACCGCAGCACAGACUCAUCAGCAGAAACACAGAGCGGGCCGCAAGCUCUUCAUACAGGAGUGUGAUGACGGUGAUGAUCCAGAAAUCAUGACAAACACACACAACACUGAGAGUCCAAACAGAGACAGAUCCGAGGAGAGCAUCCAGACAGACAGACGCGUCGGCCCCGCUCCAGGAACCACAAAAGCCCCGCCCACUGAACUCACUCACCUGAAGACCGAGGAACACUUGCUGCUGGGCGAGAAAGAAGCUCUGGAGACAAACACACAAACGGUCUCUGAAAACACACCAGCAGAGACAAGAAGACGUUCUCCAUCAAAACCUCGCAGGAGUGUUCCCAUCACUGAGGUUGAGGAUGAGGAGGGUGAUGAAGAUCAAGACAGCGCUAUUAACCGGCCGUCUGUCAGUUUGCAGCCAUCGAAUGCGUUUGAGUUUGGUCAGGUUCUGAACGCCGCCUGCGCUCACGGUGAUCUGCUGACCUGCGCUGAGCUCCUGCGCAACAUCCCAUCUGAGCGUCUGCCGCAGUACAUCAGCACGCAGCUGAACGGACAAACCAUCAGCUUCAUCAUAAAAACACUGAACAAACACCUGCGCUCACACCCGCACCUGCUGUAUGAACACCUGAAACACCUGCAGACGACACACAGAUUCUCUAUGGUGUGGAUGCUGCUGGACUCGGAGGACCGCACACAGCUGAUGGAGAUCUUUCAGAAUCUCAGUGUUGUGCAGACUGAAGCGUUUUCUCAAGACGAUGUCAAGAGUUUGGCCAACAAAUACAUCUGAUGUGUGUGUGUGUGUUUCUGCUGCUAAACCAGUCUAUAAAUGAAGUUAAAGAAGUUCUGGACAGUCCACACAUGUCCUGUGUCACGUGUCUGUGAUGUCACUGACUGACAUCAUUACCAUCAGAAUACAAAAUAUAAACAUGUGAACUUAAAGAUACAGGUGAUGUAUACAAACUCACGUGAUGAUCUGCAGGCUGACCUGUGAAACAUCACUGACAGAAAUCCUGUUAAGAGAGAGAGAGAAAUAUUUCAGCUGUUUAUAUGUCAAAGCCUUUUUUUAGUGUACAUAUGUUUUUUCAAUUAUUUUAAUUCCACCUUAUUGUUUGUUAUUGGUGUACGUUUAUUGUUUUAAGUAAAAUGCUUUGGCAAUAUUGUAGGUACACAUAAUCAUUCCAUUAAAGUACUUUAAAUUGAAAAACAGAGAGAGA